AUGGCUAGUCAAGAUAUCUGUGUUGAUGCUUGGUCUUUACAUUUACUAAAUUUUAUUGAUGAUGAGAACAACAACAAAGAAGGCAAAAGAAAUUAUCUGGGAUGGCAAUCAACCUGUAACACAGUCGGACAAGCAUCAGGCGUAUUUACUGGCAUGUCAUUGCUGCUAAUGCUGGAGUCACACAAUUUCUGUAAUAAAUAUAUCCGGCCAAUAUUUUCUUUUAAAGACCAAGCCUAUGGUCUAAUCAAAUUUUCAAAUUUUUUAUUAUUUUGGGGUAUUAUAUUUAUUAUUGUUACCUGUUCGAUUGCCUUGUUUUGUCGCGAACCUGAGGGCAGUAAUGAUGAUAGGGGUAAAGAGGGUGUAGAACAUUUCACAAUAAAAGAAACGUAUCUGUCGGUAGUAAAAUUGUAUAGAAGAUCGUCUAUGUGGCAUUUAACAUUUAUUUUGUUAACAUUUUCAAUGGGAUUCGCAGCUACAGCAUCUAUGACACAUUUAAAAUUAAUUGAACAUGGUAUAACAAAAGAAACUAUUGGUUUAACAGCAAUACCACUAAUACUUAUACAAAUUACAGUACCGUUCUCUGUUACACGUUCUACAACCAGUAGAAAACCCUUGAACUUAUUUAUUUACAGCUACAUUCCACGUUUAAUAAUGUCUCUCGUUGUUCUAAUUCUAAUCUAUCUUACUCCAUUAUUUCACAUCGCUGAAACAGUUAAGUUUCAUUGGUACUACUACCUCGUUCUCGUUCUCAUCCUCUCAUUAAAUGAAGCUUUAACAAGUGCAAUGUUCGUUUCACGCCAGGCAUUCUUUGCACAAAUAGCUGAUCCACGAAUUGGUGGUACAUAUUUAACUUUGUUGAAUACACUAGCAAAUUUUAGUUUUUUAUCUUUUAAUUCAAUUAACUUAUUCAUUGCUGGACGAAUAUCAAAAAUUAAAAGUUUGACAGCAAAAUUAGAUACGUAUACGCUAAUGGUUAUAUGUUGUACAGUGCUGGGAGUACUGUGGUUCGUAUUGACAUACCGAGCAAUGAUAAGACUACAAAAGAUAUCAAUUGAAAAAUGGCAUUUAGAAAAGAAUAAGAAAUUUAGCGAUGCUGAUAUUGAUAAUAAAGAAGAAAGAGAUGGAGAACUGGUAUCGCUAAGUGUUUCACCAAUAACUGCUUAA